GACCCUAACCUACAUUUCCACAUUUACCCUCACCAAAACCCCAAAAUUCCAAUCCAAUCCUUUCCUUGAAUCACACUCAUCUUCAUCCCCAAACCCCAACCCUAAACCACCAUUAACGAAUUCAUCACAACAACAACAUCAUUAAACGCUUCGUUUCAAGAAUUUCAAUUCAACAACAAAAAAACACUGAAACGCUGCGUUUCGAGAAUUUUUCAAUUUCAACCUAAAAAUGAGGUCUUCUUCUUCUACAUCGGGUGAAAUCAACAUAGCUAUGAGUGCUCAGAAACUUGAUGUUGAUAAUCGAAUUUCUCUUCGAUUCUAUUAUCGAAUCGCCGAUAACAUACUUCGACAGGCUGAUAUCUUUCGUGCAGAGAGGAAUAUUAUUGACCUAUAUGUCAUGCUUUUAAGAUUUUCUAGUUUGGUAUCUGAGACAAUACCGCGUCACCGGGAGUAUAGGUCAUCUCCAUCAACCAAGAAACAAUCAUUGAAAAAGAGAUUGUUGAUUUCUUUGAAUGAGCUGGAGAAGUUGAAACCGUUAGUCCAGCAAAAGAUCAACGAGCUUAACAGCAGAAAUGCUCACCAACAAAAUGGACGGGGAAAUUUUCAUUCAAAUAAUUCAGUGGAUUUUUCUUCUGCGAAAAAGCAAACUUUGCCUGGUAAUGGCCAAAUAAAGCAGGCAGUAAGAGAAACUGCUAAGGAGUUUGUUUACCAAGGAUCAAGUGGCCAACAGUUCACUUAUGUUAGACCUGUGGAAGAGCAAGUGCGAAGACUAUCUCUAACUCUGCCACCUCCAAAGCAAGAAACUCUGUCUAGACAUUCUAUCUUUGGUCCGAAUGGGCUUAAUGGGCAGUGGCGGCCACCUACUACUGGUACAGGGAUCAGGUAUCCAACUAACAUAGAUCUGUCUCCAGUUGAACUACCAAGCCUACAACGUCCCUUGGAAGAUGCAUCUUCGAGUAAUAAAGAUAAUAGCAUUGAAGAACUCCAUAAAUUAGAUUUAAAUUCAAUUCCUACUGAUAGUGAAGACAGCCAGCCCCAGCGUGCUCAGGAAUCUCCUUCUCUCAUCUCUUUUGAAGAAACAGACACCUCUGCUCAAGUAGAACUUAUCAGACAACCUUCUCCUCCACCCGUACUUGCUGAAGUGCAUGAUUUGGUUCCUGCAGUAUCGCCUCACGUUAAUGAGGCAGGAUGCAAGACAGAGAUUCCAUCAUCUGAUAGUUGUGUUCGUGCCGAGUCUCCCCUGCAACUGCACAUUUCAACAGCUUUGAUGGAGAAUUUUAUGAAACUUGCCAAGUCAAAUACUAAGAAAAAUUUGGAGACUUGUGGUGUCCUUGCUGGUUUGCUUAAAAACAGAAAAUUUUAUAUUACUGCUCUAAUAAUCCCCAAGCAGGAGUCAACAUCAGAUUCUUGUCAGACUACACAUGAAGAGGAAAUAUUUGAAGUGCAGGAUAAAAGAUCACUUUUCCCCCUUGGGUGGAUCCAUACACAUCCUACUCAAUCUUGUUUCAUGUCAUCAAUUGAUCUGCACACCCAUUACUCAUAUCAGAUUAUGCUGCCAGAGUCUGUUGCAAUAGUCAUGGCGCCAACGGAUAGGUCAAGAAACCAUGGCAUUUUCCGGCUGACAACCCCUGGUGGAAUGUCUGUUAUUAAACAAUGUGAUCAACGCGGCUUCCAUCCACAUAAUCAACCUCCAGAUGGUGGUCCUAUUUACAACACAUGUACAGAUGUUUACAUGAACCCAGAUUUAAAAUUUGAAGUCAUUGAUCUUCGGUGAUCAUAAAAGUUUUGUUUACAUACCCUUUCAUUGUGUGUAUAUAUAUAUAUAAACCAUGAUUUCUAUUUUCUUCUAUAUAUAGUUUUGAAUUUUUCCAUUAAAUCAGCUGUGUCCAUAAAUCAUGUUUGGCUGUGUUUGUAAAUGUAAAUAAAUCUUUGCUUGUUGGAAUGGCUCUUCUUUCUUUGGAUCACAACUUAUUUUGACUAAA